GAGCCCCCGGAGUCUGGGGGAGAUGCCGGGACUGUGGAGGAAUGGGCAGCGUGGCGAAGCGCGGCGAACGGGACCCCUGAGGACUCUGCCUCUGCCCCACCUUCCAGCUCCUAGCGGCGGACCGGCGUCGGGAAAGUUGAGAGGCGCCCGGGGUGGGGUCAGGAAAGGGCCGCUACUGCCCUCGCGUGGCCAACCGGCCACCCGCGCCUACAUCACCUGGGGCUUCGCGGGAGGCGGGACUGGAAAAGGCGGCUUCGGGGACGCCCGAGGAGGAGGCCGCGGAAGAUGCCCACCCUCUGCUUCUAGGAUCAUUGCGGAGAUGCGUGAGAGGGCCACACAGAACUGGAGCACGAGCGGCUGGCUGCUGGCACUUGGCCUGAUCUGGCUGUGGACCCACCCGGCCUCGGCUUCCUUGCAGCCUCCAACUCCAACAGUCCCCGUGAAGCAGGGCACCUGCGAGGUGAUUGCUGCUCACCGCUGCUGUAAUCGGAACCGCAUCGAGGAGCGCUCCCAGACUGUCAAAUGCUCUUGCUUCUCUGGCCAGGUGGCCGGCACAACCCGGGCAAAGCCCUCCUGCGUGGACGCCUCCAUCGUCCUGCAGAAGUGGUGGUGUCAGAUGGAGCCCUGCCUGCUGGGCGAGGAGUGUAAAGUGCUCCCGGACCUGUCAGGAUGGAGCUGCAGCACUGGACACAAAGUCAAAACCACCAAGGUCACACGAUAGCUCUUGGGGUCAUGACCUGACAGCUUGAUUGAGCCACCCACUGGAGAAUGGUGUCCAGUUAUCAGCUGGCAAAUAUGGAGACUCACUUCCCUGGACCCACACCCUGUGCAAAGUGCAGCAGCACUCUUUCCAGAGGUAUUGCAGUUAAGCUUCUCAGCAGAUAUGUCCUCAUAUCUCCAGGCCAAUCUCCAGCCACAUACCUGUGGUGCUGGGCUCUCCCUGGGGGGACACAGAAGGUCAAGAUAGAACCCCUACCCUUAAGGAAUGUUUAGUCAAGUUGAAGAGCUGACGAAAGGCAAUCAAGGUAAUUUAGAUUAAAGUGUGUGGUAUCAGACUGGUUUCUGGCCCAUAUGCUGUGAGCAUGUUGGGGACCGUUCACCCCACUCCAGUUGAGGAGACUCCCGCAGCCCUUCAGCCACCCUCUGGCCACAGGGCACAAAGACAUAGGUCAUAUUCACCACCCACUACUUCGGUGGGACCUCACAUCGGUCCGAAUCCCCGGCAAGCUGCUGACCUGCUGAAGGAAAACACUCUCCCCUGAUGCCAGACCGGCUGUAUCUCAUUUGGAUGGGGCUGAAUUGACUUGGGGAAGGAAAGCAGAGAUGAAGCCAAAGAACUUUCCAGAAAAGCUUCUGCAGAGGCCUUGCCUUCUUUGAACACCCUGGGUAUGGGCUGGACAGGAGUGUAAAAUCACCCCCACCCAAGCACCCCAGGUUUUUGUUUGUUUGCUUGUUUUAGCGGAUGAGGAAACUGAGUCCCAGAGAAAUGAGGUGACUUGCCCAAGGUGUCACAGCUUGGGCUCCCAAAUCUCUAAGACGGCUGACCUUUCACUUAGCCUGGAUGUUGGGAUUCCAGCCUGGGCCUUCCAUGCUGUUUUUAUCUCAAGAACAGGAACCUGCAAAGAACUGGCUGGACAGCUCAAUGAUUUUGAGCAAGAACUUUUACAAAGUUCACUCCUAUCUGAAAUAAUCCAGAAUACCUACCCACCAGGAUGCAGGGCCACUGGGUCUCCACUCUGCCCUCAGCCCCAAAACUUCCAAACAGAACCCAUGACAGCCCAGAGGUCACUCAGCCCAGUUACAGCUGAACACUCUGAGCUGGAAGGCUUGUCCACUCUAACCCGUUUCUUCCGGAGUCCUUAGGCUGUGCCUCUCAGUGGCUCUGGCUCCAACAGAGGGUCUGGGUGGCGUCCAGGGCUAGUCAGAGUCCUCUUCCUUC